UGUCAUCAGUCAUCCUUAAUUGAGGAAAUAGACUUCAAACUAUCAAAAGUGUUAUUCUUUGAGGGCUGAAAUAAUAGUAUCGUUAGCGUUGCUUUUUGCUGUUUGUGUGUGGACAAGACUCCAGAUCUCGCAACAGUAAGUGGCAAAAUCGGCUUUUGAGAAUCCACAGGUUCCUCCUCUUCGCUUUUUUUUUCUUCAUCGCCUGUGUAUCUGGAUGGAUCUCGACUGAAUGACAACAGUUGUGUGCGAGGAAUUGUUGUACCACUCUGGGUGUCAGCCACAUAUGACGGACUCUUUUAUUUCACCGAGUGGAGGGAAUAAUGAAGUUAUAGGUCAGAUAGACGAUGAAUGAGUCAGGGGGUUGUUGGAAGACCCAGAUUUAUAGAUGAGCACGUAAAAAUUCACGACCUCGUUUCAGCCGCUUUUUUUAAACACCUUUUUUAGUUUGACAUCCUGCCUUUUAGUCGACAGUGGGGUUUUGAUUUUCAGCCGUGAAGAGGGAAGUUACCUGCGCGCUCAUCUGCCGAGGAGAGGCGCUGUCCGUGGUCCUGAAGUUAUCUCAAAAACUCCUGAUAUCUUACUCCUGGCCUUGUGUGUGUGAAGACAACUUGAGGGUUUCUCCACAAAGCAACGUUUAGAAGGACACUGUCCACAAGUAGCUCCAGAAAGAGCUGAAUAUGCUAACUCAAACCACAGUUCAUCUGCAAACUUUGGUACUUUUGAUUUUGGUCGUCCACCUGAGCCAGCCAGUAUGUGUCGAUGUCCCAUCGGGGACAGAAGCUGUCCUGGGGAAAACCAUGAAGUUGACCUGCAUCUCCUGUAUGAAGAGGGAGGAGGUCAAAGCAAAGACACGUGUGGAUUGGUACUACAUGAAACAUCACGAAAAGAAAGAAAAUAGCACCACAAAUCCCAAAUUCCAUAUAUACAAGUAUGAAGGUGACAGUCCAGUAGCGUUAGAUGGACCACUUAGUGGGCGUCUGACCUGGAAUGGGAGCCAGGACUUGCAAGAUGUCUCCAUUAGUAUCAUUAACGUCACCUUUAACGACAGUGGUCUCUAUGAGUGCCACGUGCUCCGCGAGUUUGAGUUUGACUUCUUCACUCCCUCUGUCUCCAUCUUGAAGAACAUCACGUUGAGGGUGAAACAGGAAGCCAGUGACGACACCACAGCAAUCUACUCUGAGAUAAUGAUGUAUGUGCUGCUGGUGUUCUUGACCUUCUGGCUGCUGAUAGAGAUGGUCUACUGCUACAGGAAGAUCUCCAAGUCUGAUGAGCAGGUGCAGGAUACAGCGUAUUGAUCCAAUCACAAUGGGACUUCAGUGUCACGUGACAGAGGCAUAGAUUCUGCGACCUCAUCUAUGCCACUAUGAAGUUAUCAUUACUCCCAGACAGCCAUUGGAAUCCUGCCAACCGACCUCCCCUGUGUAUCGACUGCGUCCUGUGAAGAGCCAGUCAAAAAUGUCCAAUUUUUCUCCUCCUUCUCCUCUCAUUUUUUUAAGCUCUGUGCCAGGCAUCUGGAAUCAAGUGCUUUCACAAAUACAGCAGGUUAAAGAACAAAUGUCAGUUUCACACACUUAUUAUCAGAUAAAUACCAGCUGUGCUUCAGGACCUGCCAGUGCUUAGAAUUACUAAACAUUUUCUUAGUAGUUACUAACUACUAGUUAGUUGCGCAUCUGUGAUUUAUAACCUCUACAGAUAAGAUCCAAGGAAAGAAACUGUGCUGUUAAGGCUUUUUAACCUAUAUUGACUCUGUAGUACUUGCUUAGAUCAUUUUGUUUUGUUUCUAUUUUAUAGGCAACACUUGAGAGUUUGGGUCACAGUUUUAUUUGUCUUGGCCAUCACCUUUUUGAUGUCUUUGUAAGGAAAAUGGAUUGCAUAUAUAGCUUUUAUACUGUAUGGAUGUGCAUUUCUCCCUUUUUUGCUGUAUGCAUCAGUGUGACCACAAGUAAUGGAAAUAAUAAUACAGAUAAUUCCUAUCAGGUCACUCUACUGUAUUUCAGUUGAUCUGAAUUCAUCUAGAGGUCUUUCCUAUACUCCCCUCUGUGUUAAUCUUUAACCCAUAUUCAACACUGACAUCAAAGUUCAUUCAGUAGGUUAGAUGUCACUGCAUAUAAAGUAGUUACUCUAAAACGUAUUCUUGAAGCUUUGACUGUUGCUGGUGUUCUUCAAUAGCAUUGCUAUUGAGACUAAAUGUGUGCCUAUUUCUAUAGUAUAACACUGUAGAAAUGUAUAUA